CUAUAAUUAACACAUAACCGUCUAGAAAUUCAAAUCCUCAGUUGUCUUAAUUCCCUUUCUUACAUUUAUAUAGUGCUUUCAUCCACCGUGAGGUAACAUCAGGAUAAACCGGGUUUAGCUACCAAAUAGUGUAUGUCCGAACAAUGACGGUUAAUGAGGCAAGCAAAGGAAGUUUGGAAGAGGGAGGCUAAUUUUUCGUGCAACUGCGGAACGGUGUCGAUCCCCAUAUACUUCCUCUCGUGUGCCAGACAGUACCUGAAUUUGAGAAGCAAACUCUUGCUCACUAAGACUAGUCAGCAUGAGCUCUCUGUGUCUUCAGGGCCAUGUUGAAGCAUUUCUUUCCAUGCAUUUCUCAACUUCAUCGGCCUGGUUGCAUAGUAUUUGCCAAGUUCGCCACAUUUUUGUGUGAUAAGCCAUUAAGGAAGAUCGAUGGCAGGAGUCUUAAUGAGGCAUUGGAAGUUCUCAAUCUGUUGUCCCUUGAAAAGCCUUGUGGUGAAGAGCUACAUGGUCAUCUGCGCCUUAUUCAGGAUUGUGUUACUGCCCUCGUUAGGACAGAGAGAAGCAAAUGCAGGAAAAGAUUGGACAAGGCAGUGCCCGUAGAUACUGCCCAUGACGAUCAAUUGCUGGAAAGUAUUAAUUUGGUAGGAGGCAAGAAUUUUUGGGGGCAUCCAAACAGAACGGAUGUGCAUGGCUUCUUCCUGCAGAUGCACAAUCAAGGGAUUGUACUCGAUGCUGAUGUUUUGGCUGAAGGCCUGAGUGCCUGCGGAUAUGAGAGGAUUCUUAAUCCGGGGACGCAACUUCACGCCCUUGCAAUUGGGGCUGGUUUAGAAUCAUAUCUUUCUGUUGGAACUACGCUUGUUGGUUUUUAUGUCAGAUGCGGGUAUCUGGAGGAUGCAUGCCAAGUGUUCGACGGAAUGACGGCAAGGAACGUAGUCUCAUGGACAGCAAUAAUUUCAGGCUUCGCGCAAUGUGGGCAUGCUGGAGAAUGCCACAACCUCCUUUACAGAAUGAGGUUGUCUGAUUUGAGGCCCAAUGAUUUCACAUAUGCAAGCGUCUUGAGUGCAUACGUUGGUUUUGGUUCUUUAGGACGAGGGAAAGAGGUGCACUGUCAAACGAUUCGUUCUGGCUUCAAUGCAUGCACCCAUGUUGCAAAUGCUCUAGUCACGAUGUACGCGAAGUGUGGUAGCAUUCAAGAUUCGUGGAAGAUUUUCUGUGAAAUGUCGAGAAAGGAUCUUAUCUCAUGGAAUGCCAUGAUAGCUGGAUUUGCACAGCACGGGCUUGCCAAUCAGGCCAUUGACUUGCUUGCAGAGAUGACUGAAGAGAAGAUUGAACCUGAUGCUAUAACCUUGCUUGGUAUCUUGUCUUCAUGCCGACAUGCAGGUCUUGUAGAUGAAGGGUGGAAUUAUUUCCAUUUGAUGGUUGAUGAGUACGGUAUCAAAGCAGAGUUGGACCACUACGCGUGCAUCGUUGAUCUUCUUGGCCGUGCUGGCAGAAUUGAUGAUGCACACGAUUUUAUCUGUGACAUGCCCAUGAAGCCAAACGCUAUCAUCUGGGGCUCUCUUCUAUCUGCCUGCAGGCAGUACCGCAAUUUCAGAGUAGGAAUUUGGGCAGCAAAAAAUCGGCUGUUGCUGGAACCAAACUGUGCUGCAACUUAUGUUCAGCUGGCCAACUUAUUUGCUAGUGCUGGUUACUGGGAAGAUGCAGCGAAAGCGAGGAAAUGGAUGAAAGAGAAGGGGUUGAAGACCAGCCCUGGUUAUAGCUGGAUUGAAGUAGGGAACACGCUAUGCAAAUUCAGAGUGGAGGAGAGAUCGAGUCCUGAAAUGAAGGAAGUGUAUUCUGUACUUGACUGUUUACAGGACCAGAUGAGAAAUCUUGGCUAUGUUCCUGCAGUAGAGUUCCACGAAGAAGCUUAGCAACUUUGGUCAAAACACUGUUACCAUAUGACGGUUAUUUAUACCAUAAAUAAUGAAGAUGAAAAUCGCGCACAACUGUUAUAUAUCAUAUAUCACGAAGAUGAAAAUCACGCGCUGCAUCAUGCAACCUAAAAUUCUUCAUUCUGUAAAUCUGCGAGACUGUACAACCACAUACCUGUAGACGUGGACUUUGUCAAGGUUUCAGGAAGAGGAGACGAGCCAGAGUGCUGAAAAGAAUCUUGUACUGUCAGCUGUCCUUUUGUCCGUCAGAUCCCUGCAACUUCCAGAAGGAUGGCCUUUCUAAGCUACUUGAGGAUCUUUAAGUCCGACCUCUAAGCAGAUAGACAAAGACGGGUGCAGCCAGAAGCUACUCACAGGUUAUAUAGCCUUGUUUCAGUGGUCAACCAUUAGCACUGGACGCUUGACAGAUUUCGUAGAGAGGAGAACUACUUGAUGGCACAAUUCUUAUACGGUUACGUUCGUAGAGAGAACUACUUGAUGGCACAAUUCUUAUACGGUUACGUUUCAGAAAAGAUCAUUUCCUUUUGAAUUUUCAAUUGUGCAGACAUAAUCACCGAUUCACCAUGCCCAGAACCAAGCAUUUGUAGAUCAAUUUAUUUGGAUGCUUGGAGAAAUUUUUAUGACCAAUAAAUGUUUUUGAUCGUUAAACUUUCAGUCUUUGUGAAAUCCUGUUAUGCAUCCGAUAAACCGAUCCAAGGUGGAUCAAGAACUUUGUGAACAGAGAACACAUGGGAUGCCUAGAGUUCGACAUAUGAAGCUUAUAUUUCACCAGUCCUUUUUGCUCAAUUUUAUUCCAUCUGCUACAGGUGAACAGUAAAGUCAUUGGACCGGGUAUAUCUUGAUCUGCUCAUUUUCCAUAUUCCCCAGUCAAAGGACGAAAACCAAGCUAGUUAGGUGCAAUACAGGAGGGCGCUUGAUGCGCCGGAAUUGCAUUGCAAGUUAACCUUUUAAAAAUGUCGCUAUGUAGA